UUUCAAAAUGGCGUCUUUUAGCAUCAAAGCACAAAAUACGCUAUAGAAAAAACCUGUUCCYCAAUCCCUGGAGGUAAAAAACAUAUAGAGAUUUAUAUCAAAUAUAAAUUUAUAUUAUAUCCAAUGUGACAAUGGAUACAUAUGAGGGGGUAUUUAAAUUGCUAGACGACUUAGGGAUGCCUGACCUUAAGGAAGUAUUCCUGCGUCAUCGUAUACAGGAUAUGACUUUAAGAUAUAUGGAUUCUGAAGAUGAAUUAAAAAAACUCUUAAAGGAAAUUGAGAUACCGCUUGGUCAGUGUAUACCCAUAACAAAAUCAUGGACCAAAUGGCGCUCGAGAGGAAACGGCAUGGAUAUAACAGAUAAUUAUCAUUACAAGCCCCCAUUAAUAAACGCUGCCAUACAAGCAUCCGUAAUCAUGGUUGAUAAUUGGACCCAGACCUUUGCAGAAGAAAAUAAACCCUACCAGCACCAGUCCCCUGGAGUUAUAGGCAGCGGUUACCACGACUCCAUUAAUUAUAACCAAUAUACGUCAAUGAUAGAYCACAUGGGMAAUCUAGGCUUCACUAACCAUGUUACACCACCCAUAAAUAAUAAUGAUGGUAGACCACCCUUUGUUCAGCAUGUGCCGUCAGUSUUUGAACAGCAGCAAAUGUGGGCAAAUGCUUACAACUAUCARCAACCUAGAAAUGAGGACCUUGGUCUUAGUGGGUUYCUUGGUAUGUUACAAGCUGGUGGUCCAACUGCGACGUCAGUGAGCAGAGAGGUCAGUCCCAUACAUUCCCCUCAGCUACAAGAUGCAGUUCCAUUGGAGGAGAACGGUUUCCAGGUUAAGGAYUCUGAUAUACUGGACGAGCGGGAAGAUUUGGCRAUUGAGAGGUCAUUGAUAGCUGAGGAGAAACAGCAGUCYUAUGCUGCUGCUUUGAAGGAGAAGCAAAUGGCAACAGCCAAAGCCCUAGAAAACAAAGAACCAAGACCACGCUCGAGCAGCAUGCCUCACCCCUCUCCCCCUCCAUUAUCCAGCCCACCASCCAUACCAUACACCAACCACACACCCUAUGUCAAGUCCCACCAUACAUCCACCCGUCCAAAGGAAACCCAGAGCGCUUUUACCAAAUGUGAUGAGAUAAGUAUAGAGAGUGGUACCAGYGGAAUUGUGGGUAAUAGUUAUAAAGAUAUUGGAUCUGCCAAUUUAAGAAGCUAUCUUGAGAAGUUAAUGGCAAGUCAAGAAUAUAUAGAGGCGACAUCCAAGCCCAAAGCAGAAAUACAGAAGGGAUGGCUUCCUAUUGACGGCAAGCAUAUAUUAUCAGCACGUAAAAUUCAAUUUAAGCCUAUGUUUAUUGAUGAUAAGGGUCGCAUGCGCCACGGGGUAUCUGUGCGCGGGGCGGAUAAAUCAGAGGAGUGCUCUAGGCAUACGGUAGGGAAGGCGCCUGCAUAUUGUACCUUUGCGCAUUCAAGAAUAGGUGAUACAUUACAAUUUAUUUGUAUCAAAUGUUCGUGCGAAAAGUCCAGAUAUACAUACUGCCAAGAUAAGAAAGAUCAUAGGGAGUAUAUUUUUAAUUUAGGGCCAUAUAAGAAUAUACAUGGGGAACCGUGGAAACUUGUGACGUAGAACAUUGCGUUCUUAUCAGCUGCUCUAUCUAGAGGAGUACUACCAUAUAUAGUAAUGGUCACUAGAGUUUAUAUAUUAUGAAAUAGGUACUCAAAGCUUGUGUGUUGUAUUAACUGGUAAUAUUUCCUUCUUGCAACUUUGACUCAGUGKAUUUUAAAUAAKGAGUCACCAAUUAUAGUGACUUGUCCUCACUAAAUUCGAAUUUUGGAAAGAUAUUCUCGAAGGCUACUGAUGGUAAUGCAUUUUAAACACAGCUCAACUUCGUCUCAAUCUGAAUGGAUUUUGUAAGGGAAAAAUGUUAAACAAACAUGGUGCAUGUCAUUUUUACARAACAAAGUUUGUGGUUUUUGUAGCUACAUUUUCUUAGAUUUUUGUGAGAGUUUUUAAUCUACUUUGAAAUAAGAAAAGAAACUUUUUUAGCCUGAGUUAUUGUGUAACUAAGCUAGUGAAAUUACAGUUUGGGAACCCAGAUUCCAUAAAUUGUCGGCACUAAGUUUGAAGAGUACAUUGGUUGGUAUUUAGAAAUACUGGCCACAGAAAUGAAGCUUAACUUGAGCAUACAAAUGUAAUGUUUGAAAACUCUAGCCAUUAGUAAGUCAACUAUGGCUUCUUCAAGGUUAUAAAAAAACAAAUUCUUUAGGAAUAUCACUGGGUCAUCGUUGCAGGUUGUGUGUCUGAAAACAAUAAUUGUUAAUUAUUAAUAAUAAUAAUACUAUUAAAAUUGAAACAUGUAUUAAUAUUUUGGUAUCAAUAGUGCUUAUGACAUUUCUAUAGUGAAACUACAGUACAAUUAAUGAUAUGCAAAGUGCAGUGACAGUACCAUUUUGUAAAGCAAAGCAUGAUGGUCGUUGUAGUCCUCACACUUUUUAAUAUAGUCCCUAACAAAUCUCCCUAAAAGCUGUUUUGAUGUUUGUCUUUGUAGAAAUGGCACAAACAAAUUUUUUUAAAGAAAUAUCAAAAAUGGCCUAGGAGGGCUUCUUUGAUUUAUGGACAUGAAAAAGUGUGCGGACUGCUAUAAAUACCAUAUGCAUUGUUGCACAAAAUGGCAUUGUUUCACAUUGUAUGGUACAACAGCUAAUUUUCUACAAUACAUACACACACAUAGAUUCUGACAAUACUCCAGAAACGUUUAAGUUUACCUUAUGUCUAGUGACCAGAGCUGUAAAAACAGACAGCCAAUAAUACCUAGUGGCUAAAUAUAUGUGUUAUGGCAUCAAAUUAGGAUUUUUAUAGGGAAUCUCUUUACUAUUAUUAAUCAAUAAUAAUGAUAACAAAAGUGUUGCAAUCUAUGGCUAUUUUUUACACAAUUUCUAAUGGAUUCUGAUUUUUUUCGGGACUUAAUAAACAUGCAAUAUGAAGUUAUAUGAAUGCAAUGUCUGUAAUAUUAUUAGCAAAACGAAUAGCGUCAAUAAAUUAUGAUGCCUGACCUCUUAAUAUUGAAGUUAACCAGGGGGGGAAGUUAACUGAUAAUAAUAAAUUUAUAGUGUGCGACAUGUGAUAACAUGAAGAUGACUUUGCACACAAUUGCACCUCAUGUCUGAUUAUAUUUUAAAUCAGUAAUACCACACAUGUCAUAAGCACUAGGCAUGCCAUACUCGUUAUGAAUGUCUCCUUAAUUUAGCUAUACCACCUUWAGUUUGCAUUACCUUAUUAUAAUUAGAGCAAUACAUUUAAUCUGUGAAAUAAUUAUACAAAAUCAAAUUAGCACAAAUUUCUGUAACAUCCUUUAGAUUUAUCAUUGUUCUUUAUGGACACCAUAAAUUGCCAAAGAAGAAAUAUUAUUUCAUAGGUUAAGUAUGUUUACUCCACCAUUGACUAGGAAGUCAAUAAUUCCACUUCUUAACUGUUAUUUUAGCACUUUUAUGUCUGGGAUGCUUAACUUAUAAGACUGUAGAAGAGUCUAAUGAUAUUAAUUUUACCAUACCUAGCAAAGGAUAAUUAUUAUUAGAUAAUUAUAAUUGUACUAUGCAUUAAAUUGAAUUUGCAUCCAAUAUUGAUGUAAACAAUUCUGGAAUUUUUCAACUAUGUGCAGGUUUUUUCUGCCUAGAGAUCAUGGACUAUUACUGUCUCUAAGUAGCUAUAGGAGAUCUAGGGUGCUUUCCAUUUAGGCAGAACUGGCCGACCAGUCCACUCUAUUUAGAGGUAUAUAAUUAACACGUCUUAUUUACUUGAACCGAGGGAAACAUUAUGUAUUGUGGUCCCGAGACAGCUGAUGUUUCCCGAAGCGAAGCUGAGAAUGAUUUAUAAUGACAUUUUCUCUGGGUCUGGCCAGCCAGUUCUGACAAAUGGAAAGCGCACCUAGAGAGCUGUAUUUUACCUGACAAUUAAAAUAUAUUAUGAUAAUGUCCCUCAUUUUUCUGAAUGGGAAUGUGACAUCACUAGUUUUCUAUAAGUUACCUUCUCAAGGAAUCCAUUCAGGUCACUGUUGUCAUGCCAACUGUAAGGUUGCAGUUUUUAAGGUAACCUUAAUUGUUGUCAUAGUAACCUUGCUCAUCAUUGUUGCCAUGGCUACCAUAUAAAUGUUAAUGUGACCAUAAAAUUUCCAUGGUAUCGUCAAGAUUGUCAAGAUAAACUUAGAAACAACAGUUCUCAAUGUAUUACAUUUAUGUCCCAGUUGUCAUGGUAACCUUAUGUAGAUAUGCAGUGCUUGUUUUAGCUGUCUUUACUGAUUCAGUUGUUGCAUAUUUCCAGGUCAUUUGAAGCAAAUAUAUACAUCCUCAAGUAAAUCCAACACCUAAUGUUAUUUAUUCUGUACUUUCAGAGAUUGUAAAAGAUUUUGCAGCAAACAGUGUUGAUAAUUACUAGACCUGGAGCUAUGUGACAACACAAGCUUUUAUAGUAGUACUUAAUUUAUGUAGGUAAUUAUUAUUGACAUGAGGAGAGGGUACCAAACCCGUGAAAUAGUUAUUUGGCUGAUAUCACACCCAAAAGAAAUGUUCGUUUCUAAUUGGUUGAUUGAAUGGGAAUUCGUUAGUUUAUUUAUCGUUUUCAACCAUCCCAUGAGAUUCAAAAGAUAAAAGACUGGCGGCCAUGUCGCCUGAAAGAACAGUAGAUACCUAGUGAGAAAUCCUUUGUUGAAGUUCAACCAAUAUGGCAGCCGGUCAGYGAAAACAAAGAAUAUCACGCGUUUAUAUCACUCAGAGACUUGCAUUUUGAGUAGAUGCAACGUACCGCGAUGUAUUCAAUCGCUUCCAUCAAAAACGAGCAGUAUUUUUCAUUAAUUCUAGUCGAAGGGUGGAAUAUCCCAUUCURUCAUCCUCGAUAUUUAAAUUUUACAAGUGAUACAUGCCUUAGCAGUCUCUAAUUCUAUUGUUUUCUUCAAUUUUUUGAAGUGUAAUAGUCGACUAAAUAUAUAUAUAAAGCAAUAGAACUAGCGACCACUGGAAAUGAACUAUGUCACGAGAGUUUAGCUACUUAACCCUUAUUCCUUGUGURAAAAUCGCAACCAGACCAGUGUGGUUGUUGAACAGUUCAGCUAGGUCCUCCGAAGCGGUUACUCGGGCUGUUUUAAGUCGUCCUUCCAAUGGAUCCACCAUGUAUGUGACCCUAUCACUCCCACAUGCAAUAUGAAGUUAUAUGAAUGCAAUGUCUGUAAUAUUAUUAGCAAAACGAAUAGCGUCAAUAAAUUAUGAUGCCUGACCUCUUAA